GCCGAUGGAGGCGCCCAUACAUUCUCCUGGACACGAAAUUCCUCCCCUUUCCCCCAGCCCGAAAUUCCUCUCUUCCUCGCUAAGCAAGUAAGCAGCACCAAUCCCCAUCAAAACUAUCAAGGGAAGAUGCCAUCUCCUCUCGAUCGAGCUCAAGUCAAGCCAUGGCAGCAGCAGGCCAGCAGCAGCUAGCCGCUAACGCCGGUGGCCAUAAAGCGAGCGAGAGGGAAUUAAUCCACCCGCCACGAGCUCCCAACUUUACUUGGCGCCAAAAGCAGGGAGCGUGAAAAGGGCUUUAAAGAGAGAGCCGCGGCAUUGCCUCGUCUCCCUUUUUCUCUUUUCUCCCGAUGGCCGUGGCGCGUGCGGCGUCGGUGCUGGGGAGCUUCCCGUUCAGGGCGGCCCUGGUGGCGCUCUGCGUGCUGCUGCUCCCGCUCCUCCCUUCCCCGCAGGGCGGUGGAGGAGGAGAGGAUGGCGGCGGCGGCGGGCAGGCGUUCUUGGCCAAGGUGUGGGAGCUGCUGCACCUGCUCCUCGUCGGGAUCGCCGUGUCGUACGGGCUCUUCGGCCGGAGGAACGACGAUGGCGGCGUUGGCGAGAAGGACGAAGGCGGCGCCGCGCCGGCGAUGGGGAAGACGACGGACGCGAGGUACGUCUCGAGGAUGCUCCAGGGCGAUCUCGUGUUCGACGACGACGACGGCGACGUCGGCGGGGCGCGGUCUUGGAGCGCGCUGCACCACGCCGAGGAGCCGGUGGUAAUGGUGGCUGACGGCGGAGGCGGGCGGAGCGGCCACGUGGCGCGACAGCAGCAGGCGCCACCGCUGUCGCUGCCCGUCCGGGCCCUGAGGCCGCAGCAGGACUCGGCUGACUUCGACGACGCGCGGCCACCGCGCAGAAGCGGCGCUCAUGACGACACCGUGCUCCCUUCGCCGAUCCCGUGGCGGUCGCGGACAGGGAGGCUCGGCGGCGACGCCCCACAGCCGGCGCCGAACACGAGCAGCCCCGCGCCGUCGCCGAAGAGGCUGUCCCCGGCGCCGUCCAUGUCCAAGGAGGCCCCGGCCGAGGAGCACGAGGUCCCCAGGCGGCGGAGCGCGUACAGGUCCUCCCAGCCGCCGGCGCCGCCUCCGCCUCCGCCGCCGUUCCUCGUCCACGGCUACCACCCAGUGGCCGAGCGCCGGACCACGGCGGCGGCGGCGGUCAAGAGCUUCAAGGAGGAGCUCCAGGUUCACAGCACGAGAGGCCGGAGAGACUACGAUGAUCGCUACUCCCAGAGCUCGCCCCGAUUCAGCAACAGCAGCUCGUCGUCGUCUGCGAAUCCAAGAAGCUCUUUCGAUGGCCCCUCCUCGCCAUCAGUUGGUAGAUCGGUGAGAACAAUCAGGCCAAGGCAACGAAUCCAAACCCAAACCCAGACGCAAGUCCAAGAACUGCCUAACGACGACGAGUGCGGCGGCGAUGCGCCGGACAGUUCGCGUGGAUCAGAAGAGGAGCCGUAUGGGUACAGGGCGUACCAGUCCAUCCCGAGGUUCGAGUACGAAAAGGCGGAUCCGAUCCUGGGCAAGGUGACGGUCUCCUCGGACGAGACGGAGAGCAGCGACGACGACGAAGAGGACGACGAGGCGUACUCGACGAAGGCGACGAACUCGCCGUCGACGGCGGCGGUGGACGAGAACGAGGUGGACAAGAAGGCGGAGGAGUUCAUCGCCAGGUUCAGGGAGCAGAUCAGGUUGCAGAGGAUCGAGUCCAUCAAGAAGUCCGCCGGCCCACGAGCCGUCAAGCACGGAAAGUAGCUUAGCGCUCAGUCGACUCGCCGCCGGUGAUCGUUGUCCGUCGCCGCCCGGCGCUGGUUUUGCUAAUUAAGCUCUUCGAUAAGACAUAAGAUGCUAGUACUACAUUAAUUAUUAUAGGUUUUGCAAGAACCGCCUGUAAACAAACGUUCAUGUAGGUGAUGAAUGGGAUGAUGUGUACUAAUGUGUUCAUGUCAUGGAAGUCAUGAUCAAAUUGAUCAUGCCAUGCUGGUGUUUUUUGGGGCAGGUUAAGAGAUCGAUUGAUCCAUCUCUAGGUUUGCAAUUUGGUAUAAUCGGUUUGUCCAGCUGACUGUAUCUUCUUCUGCAA